AUGAUCUCUGCUCUUGACGACGUCUUUGGCAACGACGACAGCGCUCGCAUCCUCCUGGUCCGCCACUUCAACCGCGGCGAGUUCCUGCUGCCGACCAGAGACCCUGAAUUGCUGCCAAGUCCCAAAGUACCCCGGGCUGAGCAUGGCGUCACCGUGGUCAAGUUCUUUAUUCGAACAAACGGACCUGCGCCAGAGCUCCCGUCGCCCAAUAGCGGGACGGAUGUUGGCUUUGAGAUCUGGUUCCCUGACGAGGCCACAUGGAACGGACGUAUCUAUAACCACAUCGUGGGUGGUCUUCAAGGUGACACCCAAGUCACUGAACUCGACUUCUCAUCGUCCGAGUCGUGGACAGGCCGUUACCUUUCCGAGAUGGCUACAGAACUAGGCUACGUGUCUGGUAUUAGCAACGGUGGUCAAUCCAAUCCCAGAGCCUAUCAAGACAUGCAGUGGCUACUGAAUGACGACGGGUCGUGGAACCUCGAGGGCUGGAAAAACGCCAACUGGCAGGCCACGCAUCUCUUAUCAGUCAAGUCCAAAGAGAUUGCAAAGGCCUACUAUGGAAGGCCAGCUCACCACGCAUACAUUUAUGGAUGUUCUACGGGAGGCCGUGCUGUCUACAAGGCUAUUCAGGACUUUCCUGAGGACUAUGACGGCUAUCUCUCUUCCUGCCCUUCCAUCACACAGUCGCGUCUUUUUCCGUCUCUGGGCCAUGCUUUCAUCGUCAUGAACAACCAUCUAAAUGACUUGUCUGCCUUUACCGAGGUCCAACAAGAGGUUGUGUCGCAAAGAGCUCUCGAGUUUGGCGAUACCCAAGUCACAGGCGACCACGACGGCUACUUUAGCACCCUCACAAACAAUUACGACCCCACAAAAGACCUUUCUCUCUUGUCGGUCGAAGAAGGGGGUCAAUGUACAGAGACUUGGGCAUUUACCAAACGCCAACUUGAGGCUAUCAAUAUGAUCUGGUAUGGCCCGACACUGGAUGGGUCGAUCCCCGACCCUUCUGUAUCCACCGGUACAGAUCAGAACCUACAAAGUGGCCAGCUGUGGUGGGGAAAACUUCGCGGCACCGCGCUUGGGUUUAUCAUGGGUAAACGCGAGAUUGUCGGUAACUACUUCGCUGUCAUGCUCAAAGAUCCGUCUCUCGCCUCCCCGAACUGGAAUCAUCCGCUGGGCAAGAGCUCCGACGCGUGGAUGUACUGGUCAUACGACAAGUAUACUGAAGCUAUCCUAGAAGCAGAGCGCCUCGACAAAGAAGUCUUCCACAUGGAUUCAGACAACCCUGACCUGCGACCUGCGAUGAAUGCUGGUGUUAAGAUGAUUACCUACCACGCUUUGGCGGAUCCUGGCGUUGCUCCUCAAAGCGCCAUCCAUUACCACCUUAAGGCCGCGGAUAUUGUCGGUGGUGCUGAUGAAUUAGAAAAGUUCUCCCGGCUGUUUCUUGUCCCAGGUCAAGAUCACUGUCUCCGAUCCUCAGGUGUGGCAGGUAGUGGUAAUCCGCCUAUUCCGAAAGUGGAGGAAUGGCUCGAUCUCCUCGUGGAUUGGGUGGAAAACGAUAAGGCUCCAGGACAAAUUAUCGCCAACUCGGUGGAUAACACGGCUAGUAGGCCCAUUUGCAAGUUUCCUAAGAUGGCCAAGUAUGACGGUACUGGAGAUGUGAACAAAGCAUCAAGCUAUACCUGUGAGGGUCACUUCAAUAGCGGGCCAAUGUCGGAGGGGCUUGGCAGUAUUCUUUCCACGCAGUACUCCGAGGUGCCGCCUGUAGGUGCCUCUGAAGACCUAUAA